ACAAAGCGCCAACUACAAACGUCAACUGUACCGAAGACGAGUUGGUUUUAGUGACUUUUCCGCGAAGUAAAAGCUUACAUUGCUUUGUUAUGGAAACAAAUAGCGCUGUUUCGUCGAUGAUAAUGUAUGAAGAUGAGUCAGUGGAGGUUGGCUGUGUAAACGGGGCUCUAUUACAACUGUCGCCCUGUGGAUCUGAGUUUGUGCUGCAGAAAGGCCCUAACCCCUCGAGUCACCCUCUGCUGCCCAGCGAGAGGGUCCGCCAGAGGACCCAGUUCACCAUCAGCGCAUAUAAGGAUAUUAUGGCAACUGCAUUGGCAUUUCGAAAUAAGUAUGCAAGCCAACCAUAUCUGCCUGACGAACUUAUACCUGAUGACCAGAAAAAGUCUUUUUACAGUCAUAGCUCAGAAGUGCAGUGGCCGCUCACCUGUGAGCCUGCUGAGGUUGGACCUGGAGGUGAAACCAUUAUCAGGUCUGUGGACGGGAGAGCUGUGUUGAUGCUCUCUCCUUUGGGCAAAGACUUCACUGUUGAAUUCACAUGUACUGUAAGUCAGCGCAGUACACAAUCUAUGUCAAGUUGUCCCACAGAAGGAAAGACUAAAAAUGAAACUGUAAGAUCAAGGUGCAGAUCUCCUGUAUCAAUCAGCAAAGAUAACCCAAAGCCAGAGAAGAUGUUUCAAUCUGUCACAGUGAUACAACAUCACUCGUGUAGUUGUCCCCCCUCUAUAUGGUCUCAUCCUCUUUCCUUGGCAAAGCAACACAGGAAAUCUCAUAGUGAUAGUCCUACAAAAGCAGACAUCACUUCUAGCCCUUUAGGUGAAGUCAAUGUCCCACUUCCUCAGGCUCUUUCCCUCAGCUGCUCCUUGCCCCACUGGCACAGAUGGAAGCCAGACAUUUUGGCUAAAGAACAAAACCGUGAGACACAACUGGUCCCAGCAGAACUUGUAAAAGUAAUGUGGUGCCAAGGGGUUACCUACAGGAUUAUAGAGGGGAGCGUACCUGUUGUUGAAGUGUUUCCAGGAGAUGGUUCAUUUAUCCAUUCCAAUGGUAUCCUGAACAGCUAUUUUACCCAUUACAAACAUGAGCUGCUGUCAGAAGAGGUGAAAGAAGUUACCUAUCACCUUAAUUGCCUCCCACCUGAUGUACCUGGACAACUCUACUCAAUAUGUCCUAUUGUCAAUCGUGCAAGCAGAAUUCUCACUUGUUAUAUCCAGGCCAAGCAGUCUCUGAAGUCUUCUGCACCUAACUGUUUACAAAAGGAUAAACUGACCUGUCUUGAUAGCACAAAAUCUGCUAAAACCUUUACCACAUCCAUGGCUAAUGAGGAAAAUGUGGAUAUGCACAGACGGUCAGACAUUGUGGAAGAGGAGCUACAAAAGAUAAAACGAUUUAAUUUUCUCCUGGAUAAUGAUACUAUUUUCACAGCUCACAAAUGCUGUGAACAGGAUGGUAGAUAUGCAACUGAGGCGAUUCAGGAACCACAAAAUGCAGAAAGCAUUGCUGAAGCUCUUCAAAGGACAUCUAAAGCCAUAGCAGACAUUGAUGCUGCCAUAGCUUCAGCUUCAUGUAUAUAGACUGCCCUGCUCUAAACCCUGUGCCAUUUUCCUCCCAAAUUAUAAUAAAUACUACAUACGU